GUAGCUGGCUGCCUCCACAUCAGAGAGGAGCGAGUAGCGGGAGGUGGUGCUGAAAGAACAGCUCCCUCUCUCUCUAUUCCACACACUAGAAGCAGUGGAGAGCUAUGGGAGGGACGUGGUGCUGAAAGGACAGCUCCUAGGUCUUGCGGAACGUGUUAUCCUACAAGCACAGUGUACAGGUCCAGCAGCCAGCGCUCCAUCCAUGUGCCACCGCCAAUGAAUGUCUCCCCCGGCGCAGCUUCCAUUGUACCUUCAUAGGGUAGAGAGCAUUUCCUAGCGUGUAUGGCAGCGGCGCUGAAGGCACAGCUUUCCCUCUUCUAGCUCCUUUGUCUCCCUCUACCUGAUGUCAUUUGAUUGCUUCUUUGCCGGACUGCUCUGCUGGGGCUUGCCGUAAAUGCUUGACUUCACUUGGAAUGCCCUGAUGCUGGAUCUUCACAGAUUUCAUGGCGGUGGCACGAAAAAUCAAAACUUUGCUGACUGUCAAUAUCCUGGUGUUCGUAGGCAUCAUCCUGUUUUCGGUAUACUGCAGGAUCCAGGACAGGUCCCAGGAGCUGGUGCAGAUUGUAAGAAGUUCUGACCGCAGAGUGAGGAGCAGAAACACCAAACUGGGGGCAUUGGUUGACCGAGAGUCUAUCCUGCAAAGACUGGACCAUCUAGAGGAAGUAGUAUAUAAUCAACUCAAUGGAUUAGCUAAACCCAUGGGGCUUGUAGAAGGACCUGGCGGCCUUGGACAAGGUGGAAUGGCUGCCACACUGAGAGAUGACAGCCAUGAAACAGAAACAAAAUAUGAGGAAUAUGGUUAUAAUGCCCAGCUCAGUGAUCGAAUCUCUUUGGACAGAUCAAUUCCAGAUUACAGACCGAAAAAGUGCAAGCAGAUGAACUACCAAGAUGAUCUGCCUCAAAUUGCUGUCGUCUUCAUCUUUGUAAAUGAAGCCUUAUCUGUAAUCCUACGGUCUGUGCACAGCGUAGUCAACCACACUCCAUCUCAUCUCCUGAAAGAGAUCAUUCUUGUAGAUGAUAAUAGUGACAAUGUUGAACUGAAAUUUAACCUGGACCAGUAUGUUAAUAAGAGAUAUCCAGGUCUUGUAAAAAUAGUCCGUAAUACAAGAAGAGAAGGACUAAUUCGUGCUCGGAUACAAGGAUGGAAGGCGGCCAAUGCACCGAUUGUCGGAUUUUUUGAUGCUCAUGUGGAGUUCAAUACUGGAUGGGCCGAGCCUGUCAUCACAAGGAUCAAAGAAGAUCGAAGCAAAAUCAUUUUGCCAGCAAUUGACAACAUCAAGUACAACACAUUCGAGGUACAACAGUAUGCCAAUGCAGCUCAUGGAUAUAAUUGGGGCCUAUGGUGCAUGUACAUCACUCCUCCUCAGGAUUGGCUGGAGAAAGGAGAUGAGUCUGCUCCAAUCAGGACUCCAGCAAUGAUUGGCUGCUCCUUUGUGGUGGACAGAGCUUACUUCGGAGAAAUUGGCCUGUUGGAUCCUGGCAUGGAGGUGUACGGAGGAGAAAAUAUUGAGCUUGGCAUGAGAGUCUGGCAGUGCGGGGGCAGUAUGGAAGUUCUACCUUGCUCCAGAGUUGCUCAUAUUGAACGAACAAAGAAGCCUUACAACAAUGACAUUGACUACUAUGCAAAGCGUAAUGCCCUACGAGCUGCUGAAGUGUGGAUGGAUGAAUUUAAGUCUCAUGUCUACAUGGCAUGGAACAUACCCAUGACGAAUCCAGGAGUGGACUUUGGAGAUGUAUCUGAAAGAAUAGCUCUUCGCCAGAAACUACAGUGUCGUAGUUUUAAGUGGUACUUGGAGAAUGUAUACCCUGAAAUGAGGGUAUAUAAUAACACUAUAACUUAUGGAGAGCUUCGCAACAGUAAAGCAACAGGCUAUUGUUUGGAUCAAGGUUCUGAAGAUGACAACAAAGCCAUUUUGUACCCAUGCCAUGGCAUGUCCUCACAGCUGGUACGCUACAGUGCAGAGGGGCUGCUCCAAUUGGGUCCCCUGGGCUCCACUGCCUUCUUACCAGAUACAAAGUGUCUGAUUGACGAUGGCAAAGGAAGAACUCCAACAUUGAAGAAAUGUGAUGACAUACCGAGGCCAACCCAAAAGCUCUGGGAUUUCACACAGAAUAGCCCUAUUGUCAGCAGAGACACAGGUCGUUGCCUGGAGGUGGAGAUGUCAAAGGACGCUAACUUUGGACUAAGACUGGUGGUCCAGAGGUGUUCAGGACAGAAAUGGAUUAUAAGAAACUGGAUAAAACAUGGACGAAAUUGAUACCUAUAUUAUGAAGAGGUGCUCAACCCAGACCUGGAAUACACAUAAAGAAAUGCCUUCUUGGUUACACAAGGAAAGGGGACAUUCCCUAUCAUCUGCUCAUAGACCACUGAACAUAACAUGAUAAUAGUCCUUCCACCUGGUGGAUUGACUGUCAUGGAUCUUGUGUGGAGACAUCAAACAGUUGAGUCAGACGGAGCCCUUUGAAAAUUGAGAUUUAUAUGAUGAGAAGAAUCCCAAUGUACUUUGGGAGGAUAGCAUGGAAAGGAUUCUUACUGCUGGUAGAUUUUGUGUUACAGACUGGUGCACAACUCCUACAAUGAAUUAUCAUGUGCCUUUUUAAAUUGUACUUCCUACACAAGAGAACAGGACAUCCCUCACAUUAGCAUGUGUGAUUAUUUGUGCUAAAUUAUAUGUAAAUAAAAUGCAAAUGCAAGGCAGCAAUAAUCACCAGUGGGCAAGGAGCCUGUUUUCUGGUAAUGGAAGGAGGUCAGCAAAAAGGUCUGACGUGUCUUUAAUGCAGAUACUGUUCAAAACAAAUAGACAACAAUAGUUUCCUAAAAUACUAAAAUGUAUAAACGUCCACGGAUAAAAAAAAAACAGCUUUCUCCUAUUAGAUGAAACUUAAACAGAAUACACACAGUGGCAUUUACUAUGUUCCUCUCCUGUAUCUCUACAGUUUUUAAACAUCAGUAUCACUCUACUUCGUGUCUCUAGGUGCAGGUCCUUAAUUUAGUCAUCAGUGUUGUGCCACAUGAAAGCUCAAUCAAUAUUCAACUGACACAAUAAUUGAUGCACUAGGGAUAAAGAAUACGCUUCAAUUAGUAUAUUAACAUCAAUUAGCAUGUCUCAUGGAAACUAUUUUGGUAUAGACAAAAAGGAAAUAUACAAAAAAAAGGUAAUUUAAUAAACUCUCUGAAUAUGAUGUCUGAGUUUUAAUAAACGCAGAUAUUACCUUGAUUAUAAUAUUUUUGGGUUUAAAAAAAAAGCAUUAAAGGGUGCUUUUUUAAAUUUUACUAUACAAAUGAUAAAAAAGUGUAUUUUCAGUCUCUUUUACACUUGUCCAAUGGAGAUUAUUGUGUGAUCAUUAGAAAAAAAAAGCAUUUUUCACUUUUCUGGAGAUAAAGUUGUAAUUCACGCUGCCUGGACUAGUAUAUGAAUUGCCAGAGAGGGCAUUUUAAAACAAAAUGUUAUUUGGGUUAUCCUUUCCAUCCCUGAAACUCUUCAAAUAAUUAAAAUGUCUACCGGAGAUUGUGUCCUGCCAAAAUUUAUUUAGUAAAGGUACAGAUGACUUACUAAGUGCGUUUGGGAAAGAAAUGAUCUCAUGGCAGUGAUUAUUCUACCUGGCUAAAAGGAGGACUCAGGUGGCAUACGAUAACAUCACAACAAUUUUUUAGCCAAAGUUGUGGCUUUUUAAAUGGCUUCAGGGUGGUCUGGCAGAAAAUGUUGUUAUUGCACCUGUCAUGCACUAUAAAAAGAGUCUACAACUGGUCUAAAACAGCCUGAGUAACAUCUGAAGGGUAGUGUAUGGUUAUCUGUACAUAUUCUCCUCAUGAUAACAGCUAUAAUCUAUGGACCUCAUAAAUAUGUAUAUAUGCCCAGAACAUGGCAAUUUUUAUACAGACAUGUACAAAGAUGGGGAAAUAAAAUAACCUUUUGAAGCCUU